AAAAAUUCCUGUGUCAACAUAGGAUAACUUAGCACAGCAUUAUAUUGAUUGUGGCUUCAUCGGGCUGUGUGGUAUACAUCACUGGCUAAAGCUACCGAUCGGCAUUUUUCUAUUGUUAGCAUACAAAGCUAAAAUCUGUGGACAAGCCAAUACUUUGUCGUGCACUGCUUCUACUUCUUCAUUUUUAUUCUGCAAAGAUUGGAAAGUGUAUCAAACAUCAACAAUACUGCAUUCAUCAUUAGUGAUCUGUGUUCUUUGGAAACCAUGACAAUGCUUAUUUUGCUUUUUCUUAUACAAGCUGUAUCAGGCUAUCUUUUUGGACCAAGUGAAGUAACAGGAGCAAUAGGAGGUUCUGUGAUGGUAUCUUGCCACUACAAUCCCAUAUCUGCUAACAUCCAUGGCAGAAAGUUUUGGUGCAAAGUGAUCAAAAAACAAUGUAUAACUAUCAUUUCAACUAAUAAUUAUAUUGCACAAAACUACAUCAACCGGACUUAUCUUCAGAAUCACAGAGACAAUUUCAAGAUAAAUAUGACACAUCUACAACAAAAGGACAGUGGAAUAUAUCGCUGUGGAAUCGGAAAUCAUAACGAUCGCUUUUUUUAUGCCGUUAAUGUUACAGUUUCUGAAGGAAAUAAAAUUCCCUACACUUCUGAAGUUAUUAUUGCAAAUCACAAAGGUUCAAUUACCAUUAACUGUCCAGUUCCUCAGAAGCCUCAUACUGGGUGGAAGUACUGGUGCAAAAUGAGUAAAAUGGAUGUUCCAUCCUGUGACAUUAUGGUAAACAGUUCUGGAUAUGUUCAUCAAAACUUCUGGGGAAGGGUAUUGAUACAGGAGGUUUUCAACACGACUGAUUUCAAAAUUCUUGUCAAUAACAUUAAAAUGGAUGACUUUGGGUUUUACCGAUGUGGGACUGGAAAAUUUGAUGAUGGAUCCAAUUGGACGGAUAUUCACAUUCAUAUCUUAAAUUCUAAAAAUAAAAUACAGUACCAGAUUUCAAAGUCAUUCACCAGAUCUCCUGGGGGAGAGUUUGUGGCACAAUGCUGGGUCCCAACAUCUUUUAAGUCUAUUUUGCUGAUAUAUUGGUGCCGAUGGAAUGAGACUGGCUGCUUGCGGUUAGUAGACUCUGAUGGAUUUAUCCAGAAAGGUUUUCAGAACAGAAUUUCAUUGAAUAACACUACCAAAAUGUCUACUGUUAUACUAACUCAGUUAGAUUUGGGAGAUACUGGAUACUAUUGGUGUAUCAUCACUGAUGGACAGCGUGUGGAAACAUCAUCGGUGGAGGUCUAUAUUAUUGAGACCACUACAGCACUAUACUCAAAGGUUUCCAUUAAACAGAUUACCAGUGGAGAAACUUUUUCCUCUGCAGUUUUACUGACUACAACCAGCAUACCAGAAACUCACAUGAAUGUUAUCUUCAGACCUACUAGUGUUGAGAACUUGACAUCUACAUUAAACCUCAAUCACACUGUCCUGAAUACUGAAAUGUCUAAAUCUAGAGCUAAACAAGGUUUUUACAACACAACACGGCUAAAUCAGAUUGGUGGAACAUCUAUUCUCCAAAUAACAUCUGCAUAUGCUACAAAUCAUGUCCAAAACAGUAUCAGUACUGCAAGCAAGAAUCAUGCCACUACUAACAUAGUGAAAGAUACAAGUUCACUUCUGCCUACAAACAGAAAUAUGGUUCUUACUUCUUCUCCCACUGAGCAAGAAAACACAACAUGGCUUCAUUUUAUAACUGCUGACAAUAAUCAGACUGUUGGAUCAACCAUUGUCCUGUCAUCUGCUGUCCCUGCAGCUUCUACAAAUGGCACCCAAGAGAGUACUAGUACUACAAGCUACAAUCAAGCCACUGGUAGCAUAGUGGAAUAUAUCAGCUCAUUCCUUCCCACAAGUAGAGACAAACAUCUUACACAUUCUACUACAAUAGAGCAAGAAACCACUGAAGAGCUCUACACCAGAACAUCCAGCAGGUGGCGGAUUAGUAAUAAAGUAUACUUACCGUUUACACCCAUCUUGACUACAGACAGCGGCCAAGAAACUCAGCAAAAUGUCACCCCCAGACUUAGUGACCUGGAGAACCUAGCACCCACAUUACACCCCAAUCACACUGUCCUGAAUCCUGAAACAUCUAAAUCUAGAGCUGAACAAGAAAACACAACAUGGCAUCACUUUAUAACUGCUGACAAUAAUCAGACUGGUGAAGCAACCAUGGUCCAGUCCUCUGUUGUCCCUGCAACUGCUACAAAUGGUAACAAAGAAACUCAGCAAAAUGUCACCCCAAGACCUAGUGAUCUGAAGAACUUACCAUCCACAUUACACCUCAAUCAAACAGUCCUGAAUCCUGAAACAUCUAAAUCUAGAGCUAAACAAGAAUCUUACCAAAAUGUCACCCCCAGACCCAGUGACCUGGAGAACCUGCCAUCCACAUUACACCCCAAUCACACUGUCCUGAAUCCUGAGACAUCUAAAUCUAGAGUUGAACAAGAAAACACAACAUGGCGUCACUUUAUAACUGCUGACAAUAAUCAGACUCGUGGAGCAACCAUUGUCCAGUCCUCUGUUGUCUCUGCAACUGCUACACAUGGUAACCAAGAAUCUUACCAAAAGGUCACCCCCAGACCCAGUGACCCGGGGAACCUACCAUCCACAUUACACCUGAAUCACACAGUCCUGAAUCCUGAAACAUCUAAAUCUAGAGUUAAACAAGAAAACACAACAUGGCGUCACUUUAUAACUGCUGACAAUAAUCAGACUGGUGGAGCAACCAUUGUCCAGUCCUCUGUUGUCUCUGCAACUGCUACACAUGGUAACCAAGGAAUAGAAGACAACUAUGGGAUGACUACUGUGCACAAGCCGAACUCAGAGGUGACACUGAUAGAAGAUUCUACACGGGAACCUCAAUCCAAACUAAAUAAAAAUGAAAGCAGUUCUGAGAGACAGGUUUCUAGCUCAAAGAAUCUGAUCCUCGUUUUGAUCCCAGUACUGGCCAUUAGCUGCGUCAUUGGUUUUGCAACACUGAUUUAUGUUGUAAUGAAUGUUCGUAAAAAAAGAGCAACAAACACCAUUAUCCACCACCAGGAAAUUGUUUUGAUGAUGGACAAAGGAGCAGAAGAGGAGGAAAAUACUGAACAACACGAGCUCUCGGUUCUUGAGCUAACAAGUAGUAGUAAUCUCUUUCGAGAAACAGGUACAUAGCAACAUAAGUCUGAAGAUGAAAACCCUACUAAUUAUCUAAAACGAAUCAACAAAAAUAACUCUUUCAUGCUGUUUACCCUUUCAAUUAAUUUAUUCUAUUCUCCAACUUAAACAUUCAGGUGCUAGUAUUUAGUAAAGUUCCAUAUGGCAACAUCCAUAUCCUUGCUUUUAUCAGAUUGAUAAGAAUUGAGCUAUAAUGAGUAUUUAUGAGCUGGCAGGAGUUCGGUGAUAAAGGCUGGAACCAUCAGAGCAGUUCUCUGACGGAGUCGCUGUAAAAUAGAAAGCUCGUUAGUUUGUAAAUGCACUUAAAGUGAAAGCUGUGUCCGAAAAAGUUUUUUUAAAAUAAAGAUCAAGUGAAAAAAAUGUAAUAAUAAAUUGCCCUAAAGGUGUCCAUGGCCUUCAAGUAUUGACCCAAUUUUGUGCUUAUGAAAUAAAAAGUGCUCCCCAGUUGUUAAUUAUUGGGGAAUACCCAAUGAAAAGGCUUAUUUUCCCUGCAGUGUUCUGGCAAGAAAAAAAUAAAGAUUAUAUGGU